UAUAUCAUAAUAGAAUUUUAUAGAAAUUAAGCAUUGACUGUGAAACGCAAAGGACUACUCAGUUUGCAACAAUACUUAGCUAAGAUUUUAUUUAGGCACAACUUAAGUAUGGACUGUGAAACCGGGCAUUAGCCAUACAAAAUUCUAUACCUAAAUGCAAAUAAAUGAAAUUUUUUUUUUUGCAUUUAGGAAAUACAUGCAGAAAUCAACGCUGCGAUUUCCUAAAUUCCUCUGAAAUCUCCCAAAUUCGAGGAAGAUUUACUGGAAAAGAGUGGCAGCAUUGCUUAUUUGUCUGACCAUACAUAUGUACAUAACUUUAUUUAUUUCACGGAUUGUAUGUGAUUUUUUCAUUAAAUUUAGAAUAUUGGAAGUCAUAGAUUCGUAUAACUUUACCACAAAUAAUAUAAACUUCAAACAGCGCAUUUUCAUUUAAUGUUUUUAGCAAGUGGUAGCUUUUGUUAUGACAGCCUAAAUCCAUGAAAAUUUAGAAAGAAAUGUAGCGCCAUCUACUGUAACAUACCGCGCCACCAACUGGUGGAUAGCUCUUUGCUAAUAAUAAUCAAAUAAUUUGCAAUAAAUAAAUAAUGCGACUAUAAGGAGAGUUAUAAACUAUCCUAUCUUUCAAGUUGGACCAAACUGCACACAGUGUUAAAAAUUUCAUUAAAAUCGGUUCAGUAUUUUAGGAGUCCAUCGAAAACAAACAACGUGACACGUGAUUUUUAUAUAUUGAGAUGUAUGUUUGCACCUACGGUUAUAAUACAAAACCGAUAAUAAUUAAACCCGUUUAAUUUAAACGGUCUAAAGGCACACAAAAUUGGUGGCAAAAUACCGAUAUAAAAAAUACGGUAAAUAAUAAUAUAUAUGUACCCACAAUAUAUAUAUAAAUAACUGAUUACUUAUUUCCUUGUAAGCUUACCUUCGUGUAUACCAAUUCACAUAAUUCACAAAGACAAAAAAAAGGAGAAUUCAAGUAUUUACUUGCACAAAAUUAUCUUAGCGAUACCCCUUCAACUUAUUAAGCUGUUAGCAGGAUUGCUUCAAAUAAGUAAGCAAAAGGAAGAAGAGAAAAAAGAAUAAAUACAAACAUACAUAUAUACAUAUCAUCAAAUUUACAAAAUAAACGUAUAUACUAAAAGGCAUAUAAUAAAUACAAUACACAACAAAUUUUUAUAUAUUUUAAUUCCGCUUUCGCGCAUCAUUCUGAACGCGGUAAAUAAGAACAAAUAAAUCGACCACAUACUUACAUACCUUUGUAAAAACACAUACACCAUAUACCUGUGCAGAAUUGCAUACAAACCAUUUAACGCAUUCCAUAUGCACAAAACAUGCACAUGUAGGUACCUCGUUUCACGGACGCGUACAAGGGGAUACGGAUAAUUACAUAUUGAACAAAAAAAAUGUUUGCGAAAAUAACAAUUCUUAUUAACUUAAAAUAGUUUUCUGUUACCACAUUUCUCAGUUUACGCUGAAAGAAAAUAUACACAUAUAUUUUAUUAAUUCAUUUCUUCUAAAUGAGCACAGAUUCCAAAGAAUCCAAAGCUACUCAAUUUUUAAAAAUUUCAAAAAUGGCUGAUGACGAUAAGCAAGGCACACCUGCAGAAGCUACACGCUCAAAGCAGAGUGUAAAACAAAAAAGAUCAAAAGAUCCUUUACUAUCAAGAUUCAUCACUACUUUUAUAAACUAUUGCUGACAUCACGGAAUCGGUUAUAAAAGUAAAACUCGAAAGUGUCCACGAAAUCUAGGCACGCCUUCUGGCAGCAUACGAUACAGUAAUUGAUACUGACGACGCUGAACUCCCAGAAAACAUAAAAGCUUCGGCGACAGCCAAAUUAAAUAAUUGCCGUGGUCAGAACGAAAUAAUAAAGGGAAUGAUAAGCGAACAAUUAAAUGUAGUAAGGCCAAAUAGCGCCCCUACUCCCCCUCCCAGAGUAGUCACAAUAACAAAAGAAGACCUAGAUAAAGGCAUGUAUCUAAAUGUACCAACUUGUGAUACUGAAGUUUUUACUGGAUGUUAUGACCAAUGGCCGUCCUUGCGGGACAUGUUCACAGCUCUUUACAUAAACCAUCCUAGACUUGCAGAAGCACAAAAGCUAUUCCAACUAAGGUACAAAACACAAGGGGAAGCAGGUAUUAUCUUCAAGCAAUUCGAUAUAAAUGGCGAAAAUUUUAAGCUGGCUUGGGAAGCACUAGUUCAAAGAUAUGAAAAUAAAAGGGUAAUGAUAGAAAACCCCAUAAAAACUAUAUUACAUUACCCAAAAAUUAAACAAGAAACCAGCCAGGAAUUUCAAAAAUUUUACUCGACAGUGACUAAUUGGCUGUCAGUGUUAAAAACACAAAAUUCCCCCGUAGAAUAUUGGGACCAUAUGAUAGUAACUAUUUGUGCAGAAAAACUCCCUCAGGCUGCGUUACUACAAUGGGAAAAAUCACUUGACGUUAGAAGAGUAAUGCCCACAUUGGAGCAAAUGAAAAAAACUCCUCGCUGCUCAGUACGAGAUAGCUGAGCGAAUGGGCAGCCAAAAUAUGAAUAUAUCAAGUCAUCAAAAUGAGUCGAGUAGAACCUCGUUUAAACCUCAAGCCAGCAAUAAUAUGCAAUAUAAUAGACAUGUCAAUAAAAGUCACACAUUCGUUUCAAAUCAAAAUAAUCAACGGCAAUCGUUGUCUGAACUCUGUACAGGAGGUCAUAAAUUAAGAUCUUGCGAGAGAUUCAAAAAAUUACCCGUUUCAGAUAGAAACAAUAUUGUCCGUCAACACAGACUUUGCAUAAACUGUCUGUCGAAUAAUCAUAUGACAAAAGACUGUGAAGGCAAAUUUAAUUGUGUAUAUUGUCCACGAAGACACCACUCACUGCUUCACAUUACUAAUUUUCAAAAUAUGAAGCAAAAGUAGUUUAAUAAAACCACGGGGUUAGUCGCUACAACCACAUCGGGUAAUCCCGAAAUAAGCGAGGAAAAACCAUAUUGCUCUAAAGCUAUCUAAAAAUUCAAGCGCCUCAUUCAGAAAAUGAAAGCAAAAGUCUUUUGCCCACUGCGGUCAUCACCAUUGAACAUACAGGUGAUAUAUUCAAACUAAGAGCACUAGUAGACCAAGGCUCUCAAAGAUGCUUUAUAUCAGCAAACGCUCAAAAUCGAAAUAAAAUUGCCAACAAAGCAUUCCAAUUUCCAAAUUACGGGAAUGGGCGGAAGAGAAGUCCAAAACUCAAAUAAAACCUGUCCCAUUACCCUUAAUUCACCACUAGCGGAUAAGCGCAUUUUAGCAGAAGCUAUAGUCUUACCGAAACUUACAAACAUGCUUCUUAGCUACCAAAUAAAGAGCAAGCAAUUGGAUAAGGUUUCACAUCUGAAUCUAGCAGAUCCCAACUGCAACACCCCAGCUCCAAUAGAUAUACUAUUAGGCAGCGACCUUAUGCCACAAAUUAUACUAGAAGGUGUUGAAAAAAUAUCAAGCACCCUUCUAGCACAAAAUACUAUAUUCGGUUGGAUACUAAGUGGACCAGUUACCGAAACAGUUACCACUUUGACAACUCAAGUUGUAGAAAUAUCCAAUGAAUACCUUAAUACACAGUUAAGGAAAUUUUGGGAAGAAGAUCAGUAUUGUGAAGACUUCUACAAAGCCACAACUACUAGAUCAGGAAAUGGUCGGUACGUCGUACGACUACCCUUAAAACAACAAUUCCCAAAUACACUCACCUUAGGUCACUCUCGCACCUCUGCAAUACAGCAGUUUCUAAGUAUGGAAAAAAACCUACUUAAAAAGGGCGAACUCAAACCAGAAUAUGAUGGGGUCUUAGAAGAAUACCUUAAUUUGGAUCAUAUGGAGGAAGUAAGCCCAUGGGAAAAAUAAUUAACGGCAAAUACUAUUCAUUUUACUUGCCACAUCAUGCAGAAGUGAGAGUUGUCUUCAAUGCAUCAAAAUCCACUAGUUCGGGGAAUUCCCUAAAUGACAUUUUACGGGACCGACACUGCAACCGGACUUAAUGCUCCUCAUUCAAAAUUGUCGUUUAUUCAGAUACGUAUUUAACGGGGACGUUGAAAACAUGUAUCGACAAAUAGUCGUACAUGAAAAAGAUCAAGAUUUUCAACGAAUUAUUUUCCGAAAAUCUCCUAAUAGUUCACUACGCGACUUUAAACUAAAAACAGUUACCUUUGGCGUCAACUGUGCUCCAUACCUAGCCAUUCGUACACUUCACGAAUUGGCAGAAGACACAAAGUCUGAAUUUCCUCGGGCGACCGAUGUAUUAAAA